GGGGGGGGGGGGGGGGGGGCUAGGAAGACGACCACCUCUCGGAUAUCCGUGGACAUGGCGCUGGAGAGGAGACUGGACCUGCUGCUCGGACUUGUCUUGCUUGUGCAGUGUGUCCACGACGCCGGAGCCCAGACCGGGGUCGCUUACUCCUAUGUGCAUGGUAGGCAAGUGGUGAAAGAGGAUGUGGCCGUGGACAUGAAAACACAUGCGCACCGCUGGAGGAGAUGGCUUCCGAACAGCCUGCGGAAUAAGGACAGUAACAGGGCCAGUCAGGAGCAGGAACGUGACAAAGAGGAAGCGGCGCAAGAAGAAGAGGCCGAGCGCUUCCCGGACCUGUUGUCCGUCGAGGACACUGGCAACAGCUCACAAAUUGAGGAGGACACAGAUCACAACUACUACACAUCCAAAAUUUACAGCCCGGCGGAGCCAACAAGCAGUGGUUUGUGGGUAAACAUUGAGCAGAUGGACAAGGAGAAAGUGAAGAUACAUGGGAUUCUGUCCAACACGCACAGACAAGCAGCAAGAGUCAAUCUGUCCUUCGAUUUCCCUUUUUACGGACAUUUUCUCCGUGAGAUCACCGUGGCAACUGGCGGGUUCAUUUACACAGGCGACGUGGUGCACCGGAUGCUAACCGCAACACAAUACAUCGCCCCCCUUAUGGCCAACUUCGACCCGAGCGUGUCCAGAAACUCGACUGUCAUCUACUUCGACAACGGUACGGCUCUGGUGGUGCAGUGGGACCACGUUCACCUGCAGGACAACUACAACCUAGGCAGCUUCACGUUCCAGGCCACGCUGCACGACACUGGACGCAUUGUCUUUGCUUACAAAGAGAUCCCGGUAGAACUGUCACAGAUAAGCCCAGUCAACCACCCAGUGAAAGUGGGCCUCUCGGACGCUUUUGUGGUAGUCCACAAAAUCCAGCAGAUCCCCAAUGUGAGGCGGCGGACCAUCUACGAGUACCACCGUGUGGAGCUGACCAAGACAAGGAUCACCAACUCCUCUGCGGUGGAAUUUACACCGUUGCCCACGUGUCUCCAGUUCACAACCUGUGGAACGUGCAUCUCCUCUCAGGUUAACUUCAACUGCAGCUGGUGCCAUCGACUCAACAGAUGUUCCAGUGGAUUUGACCGUCAUCGGCAGGACUGGGUGGACAACAACUGUCCAGAUGAGACAAAGGACAAAAUGUGUGACAUAAUUGACACCACAUACCUCUACCCCUUCACCACAUCUGUUGGCGCCAAGACCACACCCAGAAAAAAAGAGGCCCAACCCUCGACUUCACAGCCCCCCACCAGCGCCCCAACUGAAGAUGAUACCAAGAUUGCGCUGCAUCUCAGAGAAAAUCAAGUGAUGCCAGCAGACAGCACGGUGGACCGUACGACGGGCGCACAUCCUCUGCACACAGGUUUGAUCCUGGGCGUCCUGCUGGUGAUGCUCAUCAUGGUGGCGGGGGUGAUGGUCACCGUCUACAUCUACCAUCACCCGACGUCGGCCGCCAGCCUCUUCCUGAUCGAGAGACGGCCGAGCAGGUGGCCGGCCAUGAAGUUCCGCCGUGGCUCGGGCCACCCGUCCUACGCCGAGGUGGAGCCGGCGGGCCACGAGAAGGAGGGCUUCAUCGUGUCCGAGCAGUGCUGAGGGCCAAAUUUCCAGCCAGUGAGGGACGCCGUCACCUCGAUCAUCCUGGAUCUGGAGAAAAGACUCGUUUUGCCGAGCGACUGAAGAUGAGGACGCCACGGAAGGACAACAUGGCUGCCUCGACUGCGACUGUAUGGCAACAGGAGGGAAUGACAUCAUAUAUAUUUUCAAGAACAAUGUGUGAAGGGAUUUACACUUUAUUGUUGCUGAGGCACUACAAUACAGUAUAGGCUUUGAAUGUCCAUCCGGUUAUGUCUUACUUUGCAUUUUCUUCUCAUGGCAUGUUUUCACAGGCCUUUUCUUUUUUCUUGUUUUUUAUUUCACUAACAGCAGAGCAGGUUUGAUUGACUUUUGUACAGCGUUUAUGUACACAUUAAUCCUGCAGAGCCUACAUCAUUUAUCACAGCAAAGUUCAGAAAAUUAUGGUUUUAUUUGAUUUGUGGUAUUAUAUAUACAGGUAUAUAUAUUUUUUUACUAUGGCUGACACUGAAAAAUAAUCAUCCCAUAGAAAUGAAGUGGUAAUGCUACGGUAGAUUAAAAAGUCACAUUUUCUCUAUAAAAAGUGAUAAUAUUAUGAGAAUAAAGUAAUUUUACGGGGGAAAUUAUUAAAGGCAAAUUUUAAUGAGGACAAAAAGUCAUAUAUUAGGAAGUAAAUUCUAAAACUUUUGUUUACAACUAUUCUUGUAGAUUCCUACUUUUUUCAAGAAAAAAAACGUACCCAAAAUGCUAUAUGACCUUAUUAUCUUAUGAAUACAACCUUUUCUCUGAGAAUACUUUUUUCUUUUCUUUUUUUUCUUCAAAAUACAACCAUUCUCAUAAGAUUACUACUUUUUCCCCAUGAAAUCGAAUUUGUUUCCCCUUGAUUGCUACUUUUUUCUUAAGGAAAAAAAAAAGAUUUAUUUCCAUAUUACUACUUUUUCUGUACUUUUUUCUUUAAAUUUUUUUAUUUAAUUCUCGUACGAUUAUUACUUUAUCCACCGAAGUCUGACUUUUUUCCCCUUUUGAAAAUGUUUUAAUUUAGAUUACUACUUCUAAAAGAAGAAAAAUAAAACGUGUUUCCCUCUCAAAAUGUUUUCGAUUUUAUUUAGAUUUUUUUUCAACAUGGUCCUGAUACUCCUUAGUAGUUUUUGAACAUGUGAUUAGCACUCCUCUAAAUGAUUUCUAAUGAGUUUUAAUCCAAUCAAAAGGUUAGUUGUAUGUGUGUACAUUUUAUUCUCAUUUUACUUUUUUUUCUUUGCUACGUGCCAUUUUGUGUUGAAAAGUUUGCACUUUUUUUUUUUUUUUACAUGUGGUACUAAUGCAAAAUAACAAGACAGGCGCUUGUGAGUGUGUAUGGCCAAUCUAUUUUCUUAUUGUUUGUGUGAAUGGGAAAAAACUAAAUGACAAAAAAACAUAAGGGUUUUUAGUUGUGGUUGGAUUUCCAUCAGAUGGCUCUGCACAGAUGAAUUGUUUAUUGAUUAGCCAGAAAAACACAAUUGUCCUGCUUUUGAUUCCUGUGUUUUGAUUGGGCAGUGUGUCCUUUUCUUUUGUUUAGAUUGGGCAGUGUUUGUUUCCUUGGUUCUGAUUGGACAGUGUGUUUCCACCUAUUAACGCGACCCUUAUACUGCCUCACACAUUAAUUACACAGUACAAUACAAUAAUAUACCAAGGCCAAAACAUUUGCAGAUUCAGGUAUAUCAUGGUAAACAUUUGUAGUAUGGCUGCACAGUACAGGGAAAAAUAUUUUUGUAAGUGUCCUUUUCUACUUCGUUAAACCCUUCGUCUUUAAUUUCACACAUAAUCUUAUGUGUGUGUAUGUAUAUAUAUAUAUAUAUAUAUUAAAUACACAUUUCACACGUCAGCCCAACGCCAAAUUGCUACUGACAAAUAUGUACAAUGUAACACUUAAUGGUGAAAUUAAAGAAUUUUUUUUUUUUGCCAUGACCAAAGACACGUCUCGCCUCACAUAAGCCAAAUAAAAUAGUUUACAGAUGGUAAUUACUAAUUUAAGAUGUUGUUGCGAAAUUAACAUUUAAAUAUUCUUCUCGUCCAAUUAUGGCGCUCAAAAGUUAGCCAAGGUUGUUAGCAUGCUAGGCAAAUCGGACAAUUAGAAUUAAACCGUUCGUUAUCUUCACUUGUUGUAUUUAUUCAACGCCAACGUUUGUGUCUAUGCGUGUACUGGAAAGCCAUGAUUGGAAUUGUAAUAUUUGUAGAUAUUAAUUUAAAAAAAUACAAUACCUAUUAGCCGAAGACAACACAACAUUAGUAUGAAUUCCCGCUCAUCCUGAGGAAGUUACCAGUAUAGCCCGGGGUGGCCGUAAAUUGCAGAAUGGAACAGCACAACAGUCUUUAAUUUUUGAAAGAGAACAUUGAAUAUUUAUUUUAAACAUGUUGAGUAAAUGAAUUUUCACUUAAUUACACUGCUGUCAUAAACUUUAAAAAAAAUACCGACGCCUGAAACUGCAAGUGUUUUUGGACUGGCUAAUUUCUUGUUACACUUUGCUAUGGUAAUAUUUUCAAUGAGGAAACAAAAUGGCUGACUGGUGUUACUCACUUUUGACCUGCUUCUGACUGGUGACCUGCUUCUGACUGGUGUCCUUUUCCCCCCCUGAUCUUAUUCCACACCUAUCUCAUCCUUAUAGCAAAAUUUUUGGGUUAAAUGCAUUUUACAUAGUAAAAAUAAUGGUUUAAAAACAAAUAAAAAAACGUGGUUUUAUCAUU